UUGAAGACUGCGACCAAGACUGAAAGAAUGUCUGAACUCAAGCAGCUCAUGGACAAUGAGGUGUUGAUGGCUUUUGCCUCUUAUGCAACUAUCGUUCUUACCAAGAUGAUGUUCAUGAGCUCUGCGACUGCAUUCCAGAGGCUAACCAACAAGAUUUUUGCCAACCCAGAAGACUGUGCUAGCUUUUGCAAGGGAGAGAAUGCCAAGAAGUUUGUCCGGACUGACGAAAAGGUUGAACGGGUGCGGAGAGCCCACCUGAAUGAUAUUGAAAACAUCGUUCCUUUUCUUGGUAUCGGCCUCCUCUACUCCCUGAGUGGUCCAGACCUCUCAACUGCCCUCAUGCACUUCAGAAUCUUUGUUGGUGCUCGGAUCUACCACACAAUCGCCUACUUGACUCCUCUUCCUCAGCCUAAUAGGGCCUUGGCAUUUUUUGCUGGCUAUGGAGUUACUUUGUCAAUGGCUUACAGGCUGCUCAAGAGUAGAUUGUACCUGUGAAGGGGACCACAGUCCUCAUCAUCUGAUAGCUUUUGUUUAAAAAAGAAUUCUGUAUUUCCAGUGUAGUUAAACAAUUUCUAAGGUUCUGAGUGAGAGAGGAGCAGAGAAAUUAGGAAUCAGGGAAGACUGGCAUCAAUUGCCUCUAGUCUUGUUUUGUAAUAGGGAUAGGAUUUUAAUACAAUCAACCUUAACCAUGUUGCCUAACUCCUAUGUUACUUUGUUGUAAGUCUUGAUUAUAUCGUAAUUUGUAACAUUUAUCUACCUUUCAUAUUGUGCACCUAUGUGAAACCUGGGCUUCCUUAUUGCUGAAGUAGGCACAUGAAUUAAAAACAAUAAAAAUGAAUUUUGUUUGUUUUUUCUUUUUCAA